GGACCAGAGACAAGACCAAAACCAGAACCAGGAGAAGUAGACGAUACCAGACCAGCAGACAGUAGGAACUUUCUUCUUCACUUGUUUUUCUUCUUCUACUUUUUUUCCUCCUCUUUUAACAUUCUUCUUCUACUCCUGAAAUCUCGGCAGGUAUGCAGUGUGUUCGUUGUCCCACCAUCUUGGUUCUCGUGGCAUUGGUUCUGUGCAGUCCCAGUGUGUCAUCCCAGCUUGACGGGGACCAGGACCAGUACCAGGAUCAGAAUCAGGAUCUAGAGCUGGAGCUGCGUCACCACCGGCUGCUUCAAAGAGCUCGCAGUGCUGGACUCCUGUCUCAGGUAAAAGACAACAAUGUCGACCAAUCAGAAGGCCCCAUCUUUUAGGGGAACAUCAUGGCUUCCUGUUUGGACUGAGACUCUUAGAGCAAGAAGUUUGAUUUCUUUAAAGGUCUCUGACUUUAUCAUGACACAAUGAAACCUCAAAACCUUAAGGUGAUAGCAGACAUUUAGUAACUUCUCUAUAUCGAGGCAUAUUUCUUAAACUUUAACUGUUUACAGUUAUUCAGGGUCUCUCGAAAUGGCUCAGAGUUAGAAAACUGACUUGAUAAGAAAACCUAAACAUCUGUCAAAAUCAAAGUCAAAAUUGGCUGGUGUUAGCCAAUAAAGCAGAGGUCCUUAAAUCUGGUUACCACACAUCAUCAAAACAGAAGAAGUAGCAGCUGCUAGUGAGCUAGCUUUAGCAUCCCUCUGAGAGAUAAUUACAUAUUUUUAAAAACUAUCCGGUUCUUUGUUGAAAGGGCAACUAAACUUCUUUGAGGUUCUUUGAGAGGCGGUAGUCUUCAAGAACCUCUGACAAAUCCAGUUGCCCUUUCAAUGUAGAAUUGGAUAACCAUAACCUGGAUGAAUGAGAACCUACACAUUCAGUUACCAUCUACCAGUGGUCUUUGUGAUUUAGGAGUUUGAGAUUAUGGUUGAAAUUUGACACUGAGUUCUCAGAGUCCUCGUAGCUGAAGUCCACAGAGCAUCAAGGGGGUUCAAAUCUGAACCAUGAACAGAAACAGAGACUCAAAGGCUUUCAUAGAUCCUCCUCAGAGUUUAAACUAUAGAUUAGAGAUCAGGGGUGCGGUAAUGAAUCCGAACCCUGAGUCAGGGUCUCGCUCACUUCAAGUAUAUGUUCACUAUUCAUCAUCCUGCCAACUAAAGACAGGAAAUGUUGAUGUGAUGAUUUAUUAACAGCAAUAAAAACAGUCUCUCUGAUUCUGCAGUCGGUUCCCAUCAGCCUCCCUGGGAGAGAAAUUAACAUCAAAUUGAACGUAUAAAGUCAGAAUCAUGGUCAAACAUCGGGUUGCUUAUUUGUUCCAACACACAUUACAGUGAACAUUUCCACUGACGGUAAUGUUAGACUGAGGAAAUUAAGCUAGUGUCUGGACUUUGAAAACGUUGCUGAUAGCACUGCUGUCUGUGGUUGAGGUUACUUUAUAGAGAUCAACAGGUAGAGGGGAAAUGUGCUGGACAGUUCUGUUUGGAGCUUUGAGUGUGUCAUUUCAGCAAAUCAUUAUUUAGUAAUUAUAGAGCAGUUAGUGACUUUGUUCACACGAGAGGUUGUAGCUAAAGACAAGCAAAGAGUCAUCUGAAGGGUCAGCCUGAACUGUCAAAAGAAAACAGAGGUCAGGUGUUGGACAUUUGUCCUUCAGAGCCUGAUCCCCCUCCCGCUCUCUGGUCCUGUUAAAAGCUGUCCAGUUCUUUGUUGAAAGGGCAACAGGAAAUGUUGCUGAUGGUCCUGUUAGCUUUUGUUUGUCAUAAAGAUGCGUCAAUAUGAAUCUUAUUCUAUUUCAUCUGUGUCAAAAACAUCUCUGGUUGAAACUCAUGUUUCAUUUUUGGCCCCUCAUGCUUAUGUUCUAAUUAUUCUGUUGCAUGUCAGUUCUAGCAAUAAUUAAGUCAGUUAAAAGGGGGUUGAGAAUUGAGCCCUGAGGCACUCCAGUAACAUGAUGUUAUUAAACUUCCUGCCAAACCUCUUUUGCAGCUGCUAAGUCUGACAAACAUAGCCAACUGGUAAAAGUUUGGGUCCCUGAGAGGAGUUUUCAUGUGGUUUUGAUUCUGUUCAUUCCAUUCAAAGAUGCAUUUCUUUUUUUUUUUCUUUUUUUUUGGGGGGAGCUCCUUUUCAUUGUUUGAAAAAACUAUAAUCUCCCUACAGUGGCUUUAAAUUUGUACUUCUUUAGAUGGACAGAGGUCUCUGUAGGUUUUUAUCUCUCAUUUAGAUUCUCUAAAGACUCAUAUAUUGGGAUCUGAACUGUAGGCUAUUUUAACAGAGCCCAUUUUGUGUUUGUGGCUUAAGCUAAUGAUGGACCCAGAGCUAACGACAGAGCUGCUGAUCCACAUAUUAGAAACAUUUGAAAUUCAUGAGCAGCAGUGUGAUGGCACAGGAGGAGGUGGUGGAGGUAGGGACAGCAGAUUAGCAGUCAGGAUGCAGAGCUCACAUCAUUGUUUCAGCCCGAAUGAACACUAAAUGUUUGUAUGGACAACCUGCUGUGAGAGACAGUGACGUUAAAUUGAAGCCCUGCAGUAGUAACACUACUGCUGUGUGACGCUCCUACAGCUGGUCUGGUACAAGUCGUCAAACUGAGCUUCAUUUGACAUGCACAUCCCCUUCAAUACAUUAGAAUCAUAAUGAGAUUAAAUCAAAUCUCGAAUCCUAGCUGCAUCUUAUUGUUGGAGAUUUCUGAAGUGUAGUUGCUUAGUGUUUAUGAGCAGAUGCUCCUUUUGCAUGAUAACUGAGGAGUUUCUGGGACCUUUGUGGAUUCCUAGUUCAUUAUCCAGAAAAAAAAAACACCCAACAGUCUCUAAAUCAACAUUAUUAAUGCUUCCAUGCAGGCCUGAGCUCAUAUCAACAAGUGUCUGCUCAUGUUUCCUGUUAGCAAACAGCCCUACUGAAACUUCGGAGAACUAUCAAGUCUGAACCCUCUCUCGGCUGGGUCAAUCCAAAAUAAAGUAGGUCUGGGUGAACUUGACUGCUGCGACCAGCUGCUUCAGACUGACAAAGUCCCAAUUUGAUGAGAUGAGCUAUUAAUUGGGACAAGUCUGAUAGAAACCAAAUUCCAACGCUCAGUUUGAGUUUGGGAGCAUCAGUCAGUCCACCCAGAUAUCAAUCAGUAUCUGACUCCACAAAGUCUCAGUUUUACUUUAUCUGUCUUUAAUGGGAUUCAGUUUCUAUGUGCCUGUCUCCUUUUGGCCGUAGUUUCACUGUUUCUGUUACACUGUGUCUCAGUUUUAUAUUCUCUGUCACCAGUUUCUCUGUAUUUAACAGGUCACCUCUCAGCCUGCUGAUAUCUGUAAUUAUGUAGUUCUAUGAAACCAGAACAAAAAGAUUCAGCAGUGAAUUUCUGACAUCACACAGAAUGAAAGGGUGCUAAGAUAACUCAGGAGUGUCUGUGAGAUAUGAAGCAAACAUUUUUAAAUCAUCUGAAUUUUACAUGAAGUUUGGAUCAAAAUCUCAUGUGAACUGAACCAUCACGCCACAUAAAAAACCUCUUGCACUCGAAGUGUGUGUCGACCUAUCUGCUGCUCUGAGCCAUCUGAUCUAACUCACUCUAAAACCUCUUCCUCUUUCUCAGGAGUGGAGUAAACGGGCAGUUGAGGACCUGCUGGCUCAGAUGUCUCUUCCAGAGGCUGAGGCCGAGCGGGAGGCGGAAGUUGUUUCUACAGCAGGAGGAAAGAUAAACCUAGAGCGGUCCGUUGACCCUCCCAACAAUAUGCCUCCCCGUGAACGCAAAGCUGGCUGCAAGAACUUUUACUGGAAGGGCUUCACUUCCUGCUAAAGCCCCACCCAGGUACCUGAUUUCCUGUUGUAGCCCGGCCUGUUAAUAUUCCUGUUUGACUCAGUAAGGUGGACUGAUUUCAAGAAAAGAUCUAACUGUGAUUUUUCUGGCAGAUAUUGCAAUUUCCAUUUGAUUAACGAUUUUCUUCAAAUCAAGCUGCAGUGCAACAUUCAUUAACGACAGUUAUCAGAACUGAAGAACUAAAAGAGCCAUCUUUGAAUGUCUUAUAAAAUGUUGUGCAAAAAAUCCUUAAUUGUGUUAAGAAAGUUAAAUAAAAUAUAAAACAAUAAAUAAAAAAAAACAAUGUUAAGUUAGUUACAAUUAGAAAAACAGAAUCCAACAAUUCUAAUAAAGGAAAAAGGGAUCUUGACCAACAGUCUUACAAGGACAAGGACAAGGUUAGUCUUUUAUGGCUCAAGUAAGCUAGCUUAUCAACAUCUGUAGCAGUUAAAGUACUCUAUUUGACCCUUAGCCUCGGCCAUCAUUUCAAGUGAAACUGAACAUAAUUGGUAAUAAAUUAAAACUCUAAAAUAAAAUGACUCUACAUCUGCCCUUCUGAAAUAUAUGCCAGACAUUAAAAUAGGUGUGUCAUUCAUUUAUGGCCCAGCAGCACCAAAAUAUUGCACAUGUUCUGUAAACGAUAGAGGUUUUUCCCCGUGAAAAUAUCAAGUAUCUUUUUUGAACAAAUCAAUCAACCAAUCCAUCAAUCAGUAUUUAUUAAUAUAGCGCCAAAUCACAACAGUUGUUAUCCCAAGACACUUUCCAAAAGAGCAGGUUAGACCUAACUCAUUGUUUGACGUAUUACAAAGACCCAACCUUAAGAUGAGACAGAUUUGACCUACUUCAUCCAACAUGAGUGACAGUAGCAAGGAAAAACAGCUGACACUACAAAUCAGGGUGAAGUGCAGAACAUAUUAAAUCUUAAAAGCACUUCAACAACAAUAGUACCUGUUACCCUGACAUCUAUACAUCACUCUUGGCAAUUUUUUUUGUCAAGCAAAUCAGCAUGUCAACCUUUGAUGGUUUUAGACAUGAGCUCCGACAUGUGAUGUGUAUUCUGAAUCCCCAAAAAGAGGACACUACUAUAAGUUGUGCGCGCACACAUGCGCAUGCAUAAUUUUAGGGUUAUUUCUUGGGCAAUCAUAUUCUGAAUCCCCAAAAAGAGGACGUGUGUGCGCAAAUUUUUUAGGGUUUUUCGGGUCAGGUGCAGUGUUUUUUUACGCGCUUCAAACUCAGUUAAACGCAUAUUCUGAGUUACCAAAAAGACACUUAACCAGGCCUCUUGGAGAUACUGAAAAACACUCACACAAAGUUGCAUUUAUAAACAAUAUAUUAAUUUAUGUAAAUCAUUUAUUGUCAACAAAAUCAUCAGUCACAUUCAAAUAUUUCUCCCUUUUCUUUCACUUAGAACUGAGCAGAGGAGCAGAGUAGCAGAUGCGCUGCACUGUUUUAUAAUGAAUGAAAACACAUUUCGGGGUUUGGCAUCUUAGAGUAUGUUUCCAAAUGAACCAUUGAACGUGUAUGGUAAAUACAAGGGAAAAAACAGGCUUCCGUACAAAACCCCAGACAUUCAAAGGAUUUUAUAAACUCCCUCUGGACAGGCCGGACAGCCCCCCAAAAAGAGAAUAAAAGCCAAUAGCACUUAACGAUCUCUGUAAAGGCCAACUGGUGGCUGGUAGGUAUGCACAGAAAAUCACUUAUAAAAAGCAAAUAAACAUAAUAUUUAUUGUCUAAUACUGAGGAUAAAUAAUCUAUUAUUAUUAUUUCUUCAAACAAGGUAUUUGUAAGGGCUUCAAAGAAAAACAACAUUAAGAGAACAGUUACAUACGUAAUUUGUAUAAAUAAAAAAAUAAACACACACACACACACACACUUUCCAAAACACCGAAGUCUGGUCCAUUCAUUAAACUCCAUAGCUUUGAUGACAUUUGCUGCAUUGUUGGUUGUGAUGCACAUCUGGUUCUCUUCUUUCAAACCCAGGGACUUUUCAAUUUGCAGUUUUCAUUUACGAAAUGCACAGUCAAACUAAGAUAGGGUUUGGUCCUUCUGCUUGACCACUUAUCAGUAGUUGUUACGUAAUACUCCACAUUAUUCAGCUCUGUUACCACUUUUUCUUCACACUGCACAUACAGCUGUGAGAUGGCAAUGUGGUUGAAGUAGGUGCAAAAGGGAACCACAUAUCUUUCGUCCAGCAUGCAGAGGAGGUUUUUAAAUCUGUCUUUGGUGACUGUAUAAACAGGCACCAUGUCCUUAGCAAUGUCUUGUGUUAUGGCAGUCGUUAUCUCUUGGUGUCUCCAGCUGCUCUUGUCAUACAGACUUACACUGCUAAAAGAUGCUGUCUGUCUGUUUGCAAAAUGGGCCUAAGAAUGAUAUUCAAUAGACCUUUCUCCGUACUUCUUCGUCAUGCACUCCUCAUGCAAAUGUCUGUUGCGAUUUUCAAAGUGCUGGUAAAAGUUGGUUCUGUUUCUGCGCGAUGUUGCAACUUCGGCGCUUCAGAUUUUGCACAGUACCUGUUUCUGGAGCACAAAAGCAGCCUCAAACACCAAAUUCUCCCAAAUGCUUUUGGGACUACUUUUCUUGGGGAUUAAAUCCCCUAACUCCACUUCUGGUUGCACUGAAGCCAUUUUAAAAACACAUUUACAUUUCAAAACAUGGAGAGCAGGUUAAUACUGAUUGGUUUAUGUGACCUGUCAAUGAGUAGCGUAUGUCACUUCCGAUUGGUGAGUUAGGCAGGACGGUAAGGAGACGGAAUGUAUAUGUAAAAUAGUUGACACAACAGAUCCUGGGUCAGUCAGGAGCGCAGCCAAAAAAUGCAACUUUGGCAAUCACAUGAUCGUGUUGUCAAAAAUCUCAAUUUCUAUAAGAAAAUGAUAAAUCGUUCAGCUCUACACCCCAGGUACCUUACUCCAAGGUAGGAGCUGAUGACCUUGUAGUUAGGCCCCGCCCACUUACCUCUCUGUUUUUUUUUUUAACUCUGCCCAGUCACAUAACAGUCCCUUAGAGCUACCCUUAGUUACUUCCUAGUCUGUUUAAGUCUCGCCCCCUUCUCAGGUAGCAUAUGUUUGGUGUCUCACCUGUUGUUGUGAUUGUUUUCCCAGUUGAGGCCAUUUCACCUCCUGAUCAACCGACCAGUCCCAGAUCACUUCUCCUUCACCUGAGCACCUGGACCGACCAAUCAGCAGCUGUCUGUCUGCAAUGUACCUGAAUAAUUAAUGUAAUUAUCUAUUAAAGAGAGAAAUCAUUCAUG